AUGGCCGCGGCAGCAGAUGAUGCACCCCCCAGCAUGGAGGUUGAGGGUCGUUAUUGGGAGUCUUUCAAUGGCGCCAUUGCGGAGGAAGACCAACGCCUGCUUGAUCGGUUCAUCGAAGAGACCAAGGACCUUCGCAAUGAAUUGGCGAGCAUGCAGCGCGACAAGGCGCGGGCCGAAGAAAAUCUCCGCCAGAUCAAUCUCGCCUACCAGAACUAUGAGGAACGGCUUGAGACAAGGCGUCGUGAGUUUGAGCUCCAACAGAGAGCCCUGGCGGCUGAACGCGCAGUCCGACGGGCCAAGAUGACUGCAUGGUUUGGCUCGCGCGGCACCUCAUCACAUCCCAAACCACCCAGCGAGGAGCACGUCGAUGUGGCCCAUGGCGACAUCCCCAAUGGUAUCGUCGUCAGCACCCGGCGCAUCAAGGACGGCAGGACCAGCCUACCUGACGGACCCCAAGCCGCCGCCGCCAACGGGGCCGCCCCCAGAUACCACCAUACGUUUGCCGCAGCCAACAAUGUGGGCACCACCAACGACAUCGGCCAGCUCGAUGAUCUCACGGGCGUCGAGGUUUUUGAUGGUGACGGGAAUUUUGUCGCGCCCGUGAGGAGCAUCCCGGCACAGAACGCAGUGGUGUCGCUGCUGUUGGGACUGCCAGUCAAGCGUCGCGUCAACACGCGCCCUGGCCGCACCUUUGAUCUGGACAAGUUCAACUCAAUCUACGACAAGCGGUACACGUAUGCCAACGGCCCCAAUGCGAAGCCAGCGAGGUGGACCGCCGUCAUGCUGCAGGCUACAGGCGACGUGCUCGAGGGCGCGAAACGCUGCCUUAACUGUACCAAGAAUCUAGGCCCCUUCGAUACGUGCAUCAUUCCACGAGGGCCCAAUUUUCGUAAGUGCGGCAACUGCGAGUGGUCCAAACAGCCGUGCCAGAUGCCUGCGGAAGAGGCCGUGAGCGACGAAGACGACGACGAAGCUCGUUCGACGCCAAAGACGGGCGUCCAAGAGGAUAUGGCCCAGUACGCCGCGGCCGCACCCCAGGACGACCUUGAUGAUUCGCGGGAUGACAGCCCUGCCCCUAACGCGCUGCGGAAGCGACCAAAGGGCAUCGCGACUAUUCAGCAGCAGCAGCAGCAUCAUCAUCAAAACGUGUACCACUGGCAAGGCGACAAGACACCCAAGCAGACUUCUCCCGAGGAUGACUCGACCGAGGAAGACAUGGAACCCAUCACAGCCAGCAAUCUCGUGCUGCGUCACAACGGCGUCACGUACACCCACCCUGAAUGUAUGCAAGGCGUUCCUCUCGUGAAGAUCGACCCGAGCCAUCCGUACUGGGAACCCGACUGGGAGCCUGAUCUCGAGAAUGCGGCUAUCCAGCCCGCCCUGGAGUCGUGGCGUGUCAAGCACGAAGCUGCGCUCAAGGGAAACACGAGCAGCAAGUUUCAGGUCGGACGUCAAGUCAACCGUGGCGAGACGAUACUUAAGUUCUUGAGGCAAGCCGACAUCAGCCCUUACCAACUGCUGAGCAAAAAGUAUGUCAACUCGCGCCUGGUCGGCUACGAUACGCUGUUCCGACUCGCCGAUACCUAUUUCGUUCUCGAAAGUUUUGGCACAAUGGACAUCACGCCUCUGGAAUGGAUCCGGCACCGGCUGCAUGAAGUCAUUCAAGAGGAGGGCCCGCACUUCAAGCUCUACGCCAAAGUACACAAUUUCUACCAUGACCGCAAACUAGAGGCCCUUCGACUCGCAAACGGAAAGAGGAGCAUCGGCCGCCCUUCUGGCUGUCGUACCUCGGCGGGCGGCCCUAUUUCGGUAGGGCCCCUGCCCGGUUAUGAUGUAGUUGCGCAAGUAUCAGCGGCGGCGAUGCAUCAUGCGCAGAAUCUCAGCGCCGAGUCCGAGCAGGAACGGCCGUAUAAACGAAAACGAAAACCUCUCGUCAAUAGUCGCAACGGCACGCCUUUGAAUGGCGAGGACGAGGGUGAGGGCGAGGGCGACUACGACUUGCAGUAUGACGGAUACACCGAUACGGACGACUACAGUGGUGAUCAGAUUAGCAACCACGAUUUCUGCUUGAGCUCCGUCAAAUCGCGCAUCAACACAACGAGCACGUCUGUCACGCAGUAUUGGCAUUGGGUCGAUAUCGAGGGCGGCACAGACGAUGUUUUUGAGCACCAGGUUUUAUCUGACUGCAAUCCGCCGUCGUGGGGGUUGUACUCUAACCCGGUCAACUUUCACUUCACGCCGCAAGACGUUGUGGACAUUCAAUGGGCGGCCGACACGCGCAAAGUAGUUGUACGUUGCCGGCCUGGCGUCGAAAAGGACGAGCAGACCGGCCAAGAACGCGGUGACAUGAUUGCCGAUUUUGCCCGCGAGCGCACCAAGCGGCGCUUCCUUGUGUUUUGUGAGAAAAGGGGAAUCAAAAUCGUCAAGACGACGAGUGACGCGAUCGAACAGGCGUGGGAGACUACCAAGUCGCCCUUUGUUGAUCCCGUCGAGGCUUCUGAGUUGGAGAUGGUCUGA